ACACACACACACACACACACACGCAGUCAGACAGACGGUCUCUCCACUGAAACGACAGCAGGGAAAACAAACUCUCCUCCCGCCGCUUAGGAAACCAACUACUGUCGUUGGAAAGGAAGUGAAAGUCGAAGUCGGAGAUGUUAAACGCGAAAUGCUCCCGUUUAGUGUGAGAGGAGAGCUAAACGGAGAGGAAGAGACUGCCCGAAGUGUGUGAACUGUGACAGCAGCUGGACAAAUUAAGGAUUUGAAAGGGGGGACUGCACGUGGAAAGCAACGCUGAAAGCACGUCGGUGAGCCACGUUGAAGAGCGGAUCUCGUCCUCUCCAUUUUAACUGCUCCUGCCCACUUCAAAGAUGAGUGCAAAGUCGGCCAUCAACAAAGAGGUCUUCAUACCCCAUGAUGAGAAGAUGCUUGCUGCUGUGCAGGUGAAGCGGAGGACCAAGAAGAAGAUCCCUUUCCUGGCCACUGGUGGUCAGGGAGACUAUAUGACCUUCAUCUGCCUCUCAGUGACGAAUAAGAAACCGUCCUUUGUAUCAGUCACUAAGGUGAAGCAGUUCCAAGGAUCCUCUGCCUUCAUAAAAAGGUCACAGUGGACAAUCGACCAGCUACGGCAAGUCAACGGCAUUGACCCCAACAAAGACUGUCCAGAGUUUGACCUGAUGUUCGAAAAUGCUUUUGACCAGUGGGUUGCCGGUUCAGCAGGAGAGAAGUGCAUGUUCAUCCAGAUCCUCCACCACACCUGCCAGCGCUACAGCUCAGCACGAAAACCAGAGUUCGUCAACUGUCAGUCCAAACUGCUGGGGGGCAACAGUAUACUACACUCGGCUGCAGACAGUGUGACGAGUGCCGUACAGAAGGCCAGCCAGGCUCUAAAUGAACGUGGCGAACGAUUAGGUCGGGCUGAAGACAGGACCGCAGACAUGAUGAACAGCGCCGAACAGUUCGCUGUCACUGCGCACAAGCUUGCCAUGAAGCACAAGUGUUAGACCACUGCCAAAACCAACUGGGGGGUGGGGAUCAACAAUCACCAGUCGCUGUACAGGAGAAGGAUUCCAGAUUUUUUUUUUUUUUUCUUUUUAAACAUUUUAAAAUGAUUACUAUUUGUUAACAAUGUUAACAUUUUAAUGUUUUGGGUUGUUGUAUUUUGGUGCAUCAUCUGAUGGUGAUGCUCCUUCGAGCAGGGGGAGAAGGAAGAGAGGAGGUGAACACCUCUACAGCAGACUGUCAGCAGAAUGUUUCAUGCUUCUGUUUGCCAAAACAAAUAGUUCCACGCCACAGCCAUGACUGUAUUUGAUAACCACGGUCACUCAAAACACUUCCUCUCUUCAUAUGCUCAGACUCUAAUGUGAGCGCACGCAUGCUGACAAGUCAUUAUCAGCAAUCACUCCAAGAAAACAGCUCGUCUAACAGGUUAUUAAUUGUUGACAGUUACUUAUGAGCACUGCAGGCAUUUUGCAGUGUUGAUUUAUGAGUCACGGACCCCCUCAUCCCGAAUACAAAACACAAGUUAGCCUUGAAUUUCUUACCUGAUGAUGAUUAUUAGGUUGUUCUCAUGGUAAUAUUUUGGCAACACAUUUAGAAGUGUGAGAUGGAAAAAGUAAUCACAUCUAUGGAGAAAACAACAUUAACUCUGCCCUUGAAUAUCAAUUAAUCCAGAAAGUAUUUAUUUACAAUUUGAUGUUUCCUUAUCUCCUUUAAUUCUUCAAUCUCUCAUUCUGUCCAUGAUUUCAAAAUCUGUAGGAACAGUAUUAGUCAAAAUGUUUUCAAGCUAUUGUUUCAUAAACUAUGAGACCGAAUAGUGGUUUGGGUGGCAGAAUAUGAGACAACAGUGACAUAUUUUAGUCCUCGGUUAGACAGCCAAAACUACGUGGAAUACAGUUGCCAACAUUUUUGGAAGUGUACUUGAAGAACCCUGUUUUGAAAAAAAUAAGCUUUUUUCAGUGUAAUAUUCAGUAAACCAGCUUCUGCAUUGUAAAAAAGCAAAAUGUGUAAGUCUUCUAGUACUAUUAUCUCAACGUCUGUAGAGCUAAUUUGUCCCGUUAACAUGGGAUGUUUUGAAAUUACUCCCAGCUGUAUUUUAACUUUAAACAUUCACUAGUCUUUCAGUAACCUUUAUGCUUUUUGUAUAAUUUGGGUUGAUAAUUAGAACGGUGUGUAUACUGAUAGAGGACAACAUUGUCUCCAAUAGCAGCAGCAGUGUGCAGUAGUUUAUUUUUUGUGUCAUUGCUCUCACACUGACUGUAACUUUGGCUUCCUCACUAUCAAGAUGUAUUUUAUUCUUUUUUUAUAUUUUGAAUUUUAUAAUUCAUGAUGUUACAAUGCACCGACAACCUUAUCUUGCAGAGCACUGUUGAGUUCAUACUGAAACGUUCCAGUUGCCUAACUGUUGUGUUUGUAUUCCUCUCUCUAACACUUUGGAUGUUUAUUGUUUUAAUAAAAAAAAAAAUCUCUAUAUAUAAAUAGUGUCCUUUUUAUAACCAGCUUUAACAGUUCCAUCAAACAAUGGAAUCAGAAGUUGUACAUUUGUUAUGUUGGGUGUUCUUUAUCACUGCAUUUGUGUGUUUUACUCACAUGGAUUUUCUCUCAUCAUAAAUACUAAGCUGCCAAAAGCUUGAAGUGUCUAAUGGGUCAUUUUCUCUCUCUCAUGUGCUCAGUCUCACUUCAUGCUUCAACAAUUGCUCAUUUUACACUGAUCUCAAUUCUCUAUAAUACUGUAAGAUGUAAAAUAAAGUCCAAUCCACAAUCAAAA